CUAAAAUCAGGCGUCACUUUCUGUAUGUUUCUCAGACAAAGGAGGAAAAUGUCUUUAUUUAUGUGGAAAACGUUCGUUAGCAGCACUAACUAACGCCGCAUAAACCACUUGGAGUCACAAAGGAGCGUAAGAAAAGUUAUGCAGGCAUCAUACCCGCUCCCAUCAGCUCCAUCGGUUCAGUGCGUGACCCGAGUCCAGUUGAACAUUUCUUGCAAGAACUUGAAAGACAAAGAUGUUUUGUCCAAAUCUGACCCAAUGGCGGUCGUUAUGAUAUUCAAGGAUGGCAACUGGUCGGAGGUAAAUGGCCCACCAAUAGAGGUUUUGUACUAGCAUGUUCAGAUUGCGCAGCGUGGCCACUGCAGAGGGGUAAAAGCGCUCUACUUGUAUACGCCCCACCCUCGCGCCCUUACUGGAGUUGUUUUUCCGUAGUCCAAACACCACAGUCAUGGACAGAGUCAAAUGGAAAAGCAAAACUCCCAUUCCCUAAAGUCAAAGAUGGAGCAGUACAAAGGAUAAAUCACACCAUUUUUCCAUCCUUAAUUUUGGGUCAGAGGGAGGGGGUGGGGAUUUUCUGGCUACAUGUAUCUAUGACUUUCACAUUUACCAUCAUGCAAUUUGUUUUCCCCACAGAAUUUUGCAUGAGUCUCUAGGGACAAUUAUUAGUCCAGUACUUAUAUAAAAUUUGGAGGGGAAAGCAAACUGCAUCAUGGGGAACAUGAAACUUGCAAGUUAGGUAGAUUUUAUCAUGGACAACACAGUGCCAAAUAGGCCAUUUUACUGUUGUGUGCUCAGUACCCUGGCCUUUGAAUAGAAGCGAGGGUGGCAGUGACCUUGUUAUGUUACAAACCUUCCUGGUUUUCAUGUGCAAAUCGUGGUAUUCUCAUGCUAACAAGCCGAUGAACACGAUCAUUUACAUAUGAAAAACAAGAAGGUUUGUAACUAAACAGGGUCACUGCCAGCCUCACAAAUCUAUAAUUUCAAAGGCCAGGGUCGGGUUGCAAAAAAACAUCUUAAGAUUAAGGGAACUUGUAACUAUUAUUUCAAAACAAUAGGUUAUUGUUCCAGAUCAAAAGUUAAGAGCCCUCUUAUCUUAAGAGAGUUGAGUUUCUUUUGUUCAAAAGCAUUUCCUCUGAUGAUUUUAGCAGUCCUUUUAAAACAUCCAAGCAUCAAAUUUUAGGCUAAAGGAAUUUACACUGUACAAGAACUUACAUGUAUAUUACUUUGUGAACAUUCAGAUCUGAAUCAUAUAACAUGCUAAUCCUGGGUUACUGUAUCUUAACCCUGCUUCAAAUUACAAUUAAUGUACCUGGAAAUUGAAGUUCUAUUGACUUUUCUUUGUCAUCUUUGCUUUCAGGCAGGAGAAAUAUUUGUACCACUUGCUGCUGUUUAUCAGCCAAUUCUGCCUUAUAAUAGCUUUUCUAUUUUCUAUUUUGAAGACAUGUGAACAAACUCACCAAGGAACAGAACCUUAAAUAGGAAAUUAAUAUUUUGAAGAAGUGGAAAAUAAUUUUUUCUUGUUGUUAACUGGAUUUUCCUUCCUUUUUUCAGGUUGGUAGGACUGAAAAGUUGGAUAAUACUUUAAAUCCUCAAUUUUCUAAAGCUGUUCUAGUGGAUUACUUUUUUGAAGAGCUUCAGAAGCUGAAGUUUUUUAUCUAUGAUAUUGAUAGUCCCACUGGCAACUUGAAAACUGCAGAUUUCUUGGGGGAGUUAGAGUGCACACUGGGUCAGGUAAGUGGCCAAAAAAGCUACAAUGCUCACUUAUAAAGUGAUGUGUAACUUAUUAUGUUCAUUCCCGUUGGCUCCACCACCAGCUGGCUAGCACAGUUUGAAGCCGUGCGCCGCUGUGCUUGAGCAGGAAGUUCUGAGCUAGACCACAAGACUGUGUAUACUAGCUAUGAUUAAAACCUUGCCACCACUCAGAUGAUUGCAUCAUUGGGCAGAGUGGUUUAGCUGAAAAAUUAAAAGACUUGCCAAGUCUCAUGAGUUUGUAGUGAGUCUAACAAUUUCAUGACCUUUCUCACACUCUCAGGGGUCCACAACUGAUGUUCCACACUUUCCCAAAAAGUCACACUUCAAUAAUCUUUAAAUUUGGAGCAUCUGUAGGUUUUGUUUUUGAGUUACAUGUAGAUAGCACUUUUAAUUCAAAGGGCAGUCACAUUUAAUUAUUACUUUCUUCAACCCACCAUUGCUUGCCACUGCCACCAAAAUGUGUAGUCUUGCUGUUAUUUAAAAAGUAAUCUUAAUCUCACAUUUCCAGAUGGCUGCAUGCCAACAAAAAUUAAUUUGUGUGCAUGUGUGCAUGACUUAGAAUACCCAUAAUUCCCACGGGAAUUAAUUAAUUCGCCAAAGCAAUCAGCUAUAUGCUAGAAUUCCUAUACACUGGCAGAAUAAAUUAAUGCAUUUUUUAGAGAUCGCACUGAUUAUUUCUUCUGCUUAAACCAUUCUUUUAUUUUUCUUUAGCUUGUGUCACCUGGAACUUACACAAAACCACUGUUAUUUAAGGGAAAAUCUGGACAAGCUGGAACCAUAACAGUAGGUUUUUAAAAUAAGUGGACGUUUGUAAUACCAGUUGCCUUUAAAGACUAUUAUUGGAUAACAUUGAUUGUUCAUUCUGUAUUAGUGUUGGUGAAAUAAAUUUUGAAUUUAUAGGAGAUUUAUGAAAAAGAUGAAAAUGGCCCCUCUGUCAUGAUUGUAGUAGGGAGUUUUAGCAUCGACAAUAGCAACAGCAGUGAAAAAGUCACUUUUAAAAUGAACUAGUAUUUUAUCAAACUUUGUCAUGUUUAUUUCAUUUCAAUUCACUGAAAAUGUCUAAUGUACAUGUCGGCAAAUUUCCCUGGUGUUGAUUUCCUGGGGACUGCACUCAAGUUUAGAAGGAGAAAGACAAUUUCAAUGUUGCUUGUUUAUGUCUUCUGUAAAAUGUUAUAUUAGGCUUUUUUACAGCUGUAUGUACUCAUAGUUGUGCAGUAAUGGCAAAGAAAUGCACAAAAAAGUGUGAUGCAUGUGCAAACUUGUUGUUUUGCUUUAUAAACCUUUUGCUGCAUGUUCUCUUUGUUGCUAAAACUCCCUAGUACAAAACUACUGCUUGUUUUAUUAUUGAUCACAUAAUGAUAUUAUUACUAUGUUUGUUAAAUUAUAUCAUUAUCAAUGUUACAUGUAUGAUAUUACUAUUAUAUGACUUUGUGCAGUGUAUUCUGAACAGUUUAUUCUGCAGUGUAUUCUUUGGCUUGCAAAGUCAUUAAUUUUAUUUUAAUAUUUUAAAUCAAAAAGUUUAUUUAACUCGAUCAUCAACGAAAGAUGGUUUCAGAGUUGAUUGGUACCUUAAUUAAGCGUCUCAAAAUCCAUUGGGCUAGCUUAUAGUUGGAAGGAAAUUUAUGUCAGUAGUUUGCAGCAAGUUUUACUGAAACUCGCCUUGAGGACGCAGAUCUUUCCAAACCUCAGCCAUGCAAGUACUUUGUCGUAUACGGACUGAGGAAAUCCAAGCCAAGACUGAACAGUGAACUACGCAAACAGCAAUUAACUGUGACACUUUUUGACUGUAAUCGUUUGGCACUUUUAAUAGUUCUUUGGCAAAUACAAAAAAUUAUGUGUUACUGUACAGUUUUCGCUUUGCUUUGAGGGUAUCAUAUUAUUCCAAGGGCUUGUAUUUGAAGGGGGGAUUUAUCCUAGGGGAUUUUGUGUUACAAUUUUGGGGGGCUUAUAUUUGGAGAUAGAAGGGCUUAUUUUCAGAAUUUUACUGUAGCUUACCUAAAUUACAUUUAGCCACAGUCAUUUAAUUUUAAUUCAAUUGAUAAUUAUAAUAUCAAUGCGUCCCUGGUUUACUUGGAAAAUAAUCGAUUAAUUUUUGUAUGUCAUACACCUGUAGGUGGUUGCAGAAGAGGUUACUGGUGGAAAUGAUGAAGUGCUUUUCCAAUUCAGGGCUGAAAAACUAGACAAGAAGGUUUGUGAUUUAUUACCAGUUUCUGUGAUAGAAAUAAUAAUAAUGUAGUACAAGAUCCAUUCUGAGGUGAGUGUUUCAUACUCAAAGCGAUCUCACAAUGAUCAGUCAUGCGCAACGGCAUGUCUUAGUGGCAUGUAGUUCUCUUGAAUUGACUCUACUUUGUAAAGUCUCACCAAGUUAUGAGUUACCAUAAGAUAACUGCUUUGUAUGUCAUGUACAUUGUACAUUGUACAUUGUAAAACUAACAGGUCUUGAUCAACACAGCACGUUGAAUACUACUUCCUGUGUGCCAAUCAGUACUACAUGUACAUGUACAUGUACUGUAUUUACAUUUUUUCUUAGAAGAAGCAGUGAUAACGAGCACAAGCUGUGACCAAAAAAGUACAAAAAGCCCUUGUAUGUACUUUGUACUGUAUGUUUUUAUUUUUUAAAUGUGAGGAAAUUAACCUAAAGGCAGUGAUGAUGCUACUAUUUUUUCCUUUUUUUCUUUUUUUAGCAGAAUUUAGUAUAGGCCCAGGAUACCUAGUUGUGGAUAUGAGAUCAAAAUUAAUUUUCUUCUAUAUACAUUUCUGUUAAAAAUAUAAGAUAAUACUUUUUAAUCCAUGUAGGAUUUUCUUGGAAAGAGUGACCCCUAUUUGGAACUUGCAAGGUCAAAAGAAGAUGGAACAUUUGUUGUUGUCCACAGAACAGAGGUCUGUUUAAUGUGAUUAGUAACUGAAAAUCAUAACAAAAAGAGAAAUCCUAAGGCAUUAAUUGCUUAUUAAAUUUUUGAAACUAUAAUGAAUAUAUCUCUACUAACCAAACAUAAUUAUUAUACAAUGUAUAUUAUGUAGUUUAAGGUUACAAUGUAACUUCUUAGCUUCUAGUGUUGUCUUCAGGCUCAAGCAACACAUGUACAUGUAUUCUGAGUUUCCAACAUGUAAAAAAAUAAUUUAGGUCUUUUGUCAUGCAUUCAUUGUAACAUUAAUCCAAUUUGCAGGUUGUUAAGAACAAUUUGAAUCCAAGGUGGAAAGCAUUUCAAAUCCCAGUACAGCAGAUUUGUAAUGGUGAUUAUGACAGGACCAUUAGAGUAAGCAUUUAAUACGUUAGUACUUUAUGAUGUGCAUCAGUGGUUUCAAAACAAGCUACUUGACUGUAGUUUGCCGGUUACUCUAGACCCCCCUAAGCUUCAGGGCCUUGUGGCCCCUCAAUUGUCACAGGUGCCUACUUUUCCAGAGUCAGCCACCUACUUCAAAACAUUUGGAAACCCCUGGUACAUCCUUUUAUUUUAACGCUUGCAUAGUAUUUAAAACAUAUCACUAUGAUGUACAAUCAUUAUUGAUCAUAUUGUAGCAUGUUAAUUUUCAUGACGAAGACUAUAAGAAAUUAUAACUGUAUGAUAAAAAGAUAGUUACUGUAAUAGUAAUUUAAAUUGCCCUCUUCUGAAGUCUUACUACUACAUGUAAGUCAAAAAAAUAAUAUAAAACUUGACUGAGGCCCAAUAAUGAUACAUGACUUGUGUGUUGAGAUUAUUAAUGAUAAAAUUUUCAGAUUUCAUGUUUUGACUGGGAUUCAGAUGGAUCACAUGACUUUAUUGGAGCAUUUACCACAAAUCUCAGAGAGAUGUGCUCUUUUCAACCCCCAAAGGAGGUAAAUACAGUCAGCAUUGAUUAAACUUUUACAUGGAGGUGGGGGACCCCAAAUAGGUGAGGUAACAACAUGGCCAACCUAUCAAAUUAAAAUUAGAGAUAUAUGUAUAGGCGGGUUAACCCACCAACCUGGGACCCCCAACGCCAUGUAAACAGGCCCUUAUUGGUAUUUUGUGGUUAAGUGUGGUCUGGGAAGUUGGCUAAUAAUGCACUGCAAUGGUCUAGAAUCUGGUGUGGCACCCUGCUUGGUGCCAGAGACUUUUCAUUCAAGUUUUCCAGUUUGGUCAAAUCUUUAUAGUAACCCAUGCAACCUACCUGUUUUCUCAUCCUUUUGUGCCCGUAGCUUAGACCUUCUGCCUGACCCUGAAACAUACCACUGGGUGUGAGAAAAAACCUAUGGUACCCUGGGUACUAUAAGGUGCAGGGAGGAAAUUGUUUUCUUUGUUAAGGUGAUUCGCUGGUUUUGCGAUGCGCAUCUCUUACUGCACAUAUCAAGAUGGCCGCCAUGAGAAAAAGCAUCUCAAGUAACAAUGUUAAAAUGAAGUUGACUGAAGAGAAACGCUUUUGGAAAUUUCACUUGUAGUUGUUUCUUGCCGAGAUGAGACUCAAUGUGUUGGGAAUGUGUAUGCAUGUUGUUGAUUUUGACUUCCUCUCAGAGAACCUCGAUAGUGGAUGUGUGCUUACUCACUUUGUUUUUUAUCUAAGCACCGUCUUUAUCACAUUGCGUCCUAACUGUGAUAUCUCGAUGUUAAUUCUUUAAAAACGGAUUUUUUAAUGCUUUCUUCCUCCUUCCACAUACAUGUCAUUUUGAAACUCAUUCUAAUUCCUCUCUGAAAAAUCAGAGGAAAUGCAUUUUGUGCACACUUUGUGCAGCUUGACUGCAAAAGUGAGUACAGUGAGCCCCAUUUUUUAUUUCAUAAUUGUAAUAAGGACAGUGCUUCCUUUCAGUUUUGGGCUGCGCUUGGUUCUCGCCAAAGGGUUCUAAAUAGCUGUAUGUGUCAGCACUGUGAUGUCAAAACGAGCACUUUGACCCCCACUUUUUAUUAAAAUUUUUUUUCAUAAAAAGUGGGGGUCAUUCUUGACUUGUUACAUCAGUGAACCAAGUUCAUCUUCAAUCUAUGUUACGUUCUUUUACUAAGGAAUCACCUUAAUUCAUAUCACACUCUUUUUUGCUGUUAAUUUCCAGGUUCAAUGGCCAUGUAUGAAUGAAAAGAAACAGAAGAAGAAGCGUGGAUACAAGAAUUCAGGAGUAAUUUUUCUAUCAAAAUGUGAGGUACACUGAUAACUCUCACAGGCUUGUUUGACUUGUUUGACCAGUGAAACAAUUAGAGCCUAACAAAGCAUCUGCUCCCUGCAGGCUACAUGUUUGUUGGUUCAUUGAAGAACAUUAAUUUUAAAAAAAAGCUCAAAUUGAAUUAGAGUUACAAUAAGAUCCAACCUUAGGGCUUCCUUUUUCGGAGGUGUGCCAAAUAGAAUUAUAAUAUUUGUAUGUGUAACAUGUUAAAGAGCUCUAUGUUUAGCCACAAAUCACCUUUUUACCUUUAUUUCGUGUCCCCAAGAGAUUGUACAUGUAUUUCUGAGGGCUGACUUUCAUUUAAACACAAAUUGAUUUGAUUAAGCAGUCACUGGUUUGAUUUUUUCUUUACAUGUUCCCAUGUCGUUGCAUAGUCUCAUAAUUUUAGACUUCCUUCUUAUUUUUACAGGUAGUCAAAGUAUCCUCAUUUUUGGACUUCAUUCAAGGUGGCUGUCAACUUAACUUUACAGUGGGUUUUGAAAGAAAUAUUCUUCCUUUUUAAUUCUAAGACUUUUCUGAACUUACACUUAAUUAACUAGACCAUUUCUCAUUAAGGUGUAGGGUUAUAAUUUAUUAAUACACAACAAUUACAUGAUUGGCUUUAAAGAAACUCUCUCACACUCACUCAUGACAACCCUGACUCUGAUUCUCACUCGUAUCCAACCAUUAGAAGAGCCAAUAAUUAUCUUCCUCAAGAGAAGCUUGCUGCAGAUGGGGGUUGGAGUUGUUGGGAUGGGGGUUGAGGCGAGGGUUGAGGAAUGCAGAUUUAAAGAGAGGCUUGUUGUUAGUCUAUGCAAAUUUAGUGCAAGUAAACUAUAUCGUAAUGAGGCAUUUUUUCGUUCAUUUUUUCAGCCUUAAUUUGAAAGUGGGGGUUUUGGAACUCAGAAGUGGCCUAUUAUCCUCAUUGCAGAGGACAUCAACUGUAAAAUAGCUCAGUAACAACUUCACUCAGUAGUGAAGUAGUUUUGCCCCUUACAGUCAAGUAACUGCUCACUGCUGAGCACUACAACCAGUUGCAAAAAUUUUGAGACACUCCAACGAAAAAACGACUUUUCUUGCUUCAUAUCUCUGUUAGUCACAGGUCAGUGAGAUAAAGGUUUUAUUCUGACCUUCCUCCUCCCUUCCAUUCAAAGUUGUUCCCCAAGUCUUGAGCCUGGUCUUGUAUUGCUAACCACUAAGGUAAGGGGUGGAGGGGGAUCACAAGCACAAGAUCAUGGACAGGCCAGCUAAGCCAAAAUACGGUACUUUGUCUCAAGUACUUUUGCAACUUAUUGUAGCCCUAUUUUUGCCCAUACAGUCAUAGACAAGUAACAUCUCACUGUGGGGAUGAGAAAAUAAAUUAUUGGACUCUCCCACCUUAAGAAGCACUAUACAGGGUUGUCAAAAGUAGCCAGCUGCUGGCCAAAAUCGCCACCUACUUGAUUAGUAUCAGCCGGCUACUCUGCUUGGUAUUUCUUUACAGAUGGCAUUUGUUAAAUAAAAUAUCCUAGGACUGGCCACUUACUUUGUCAACUCAGCCAUCUACUUCAAAACGUUCUGACAACCCUGACUAUAUAAGGGCACCAUCACUGUACAGACUGUAGUUCUAUUGGCCCUCUAUGUUAAUUUUUCUACAUGGCUAACAGGUUGGAAUAGACUUCACAGCCUCAAAUGGUGACCCUACUAACAGCACUUCACUUCACUUCAUGAAUCCUUAUGCACCAAAUGAAUACAUGCAGGCGCUGAUGGCUGUGGGGGAAAUUAUUCAAGAUUAUGACAGGUAAUCAUAACGGAAGAAUGGUAGUAUAGCCUGUGAACAGGCCUUCGGGUGAGGGAGAAUCCGCCUUUCUCCCCUGAUUUUUUCACCCUUUCCCCAAACUGAGAGCCUGUUCACUGCCUGGCACUCCCUAUAAAGGCCUAUAUGCGGAGGCUUCGCCAGAAAGGGAUACUUUUUUCAGACUUCAGAUUUAUACGGUGGCUCUUGAAUCCGGACGUGUUUUGGAUUCUGGGAAGUGUUUUUCGAUUCUGGGGCUUGUUUUGGAUUCUGCGACGUUUUUUCAGAUUCUGUGGAUGUGUUUUGGAUUCUGGGAAGUGUUUUUGGAAUCUGGGAUGUGUUUUGUCCUUGCGAACCACUGUAGAUUUACAUGUAUAGUAUACAUGUAUGACAGGGUGGGAAAAUCUAUCAUUUAAGCACUUUAAUUGAAACAUUUUGGAAGAUACUUCUUAUGGCUCUAUCAUUUUAAUAGGCCAUUUCCCACAGAACGUCUAAAUCAAAACAAGGCUAAGUGCUCAGCCUUUGAUGCAGAAAUUAUUUUUCAUUCUCUUGCAAAUAAAUUAUGCAACUAAAUUUGCACAAAAGGUUGUGCACUUGGUUUCAUUUCGAAAGUGAGUGUUUUAUUUAAAUAAAAUUAUAUUAUUGUAAUUUUUACAAUACUGUGAUAAAACUAUGAUAAUAAUAAGGAAAAAGACUAGUUCAUGAAUAAUAAAACUAAAAUAAAAAAUAUUUACAAAUACUUUAAAAAAUGUGAUAGCGUUUAAAAGAUACUAAAAUUGUGAAAAUUUACAAAUUCACAGAAAUUAGUCCACGAUUAUACCAUCGCAGCCAUGGUGUCUAUGAAGGGGUUCCUUGGGCGAUUGGUUUUCAAAUUGGGCUUUUGUCAAUAAGGCAUAAUUAGAUGUCAUGCGUUUUACGUAUUAUGUUGAAGUUAAUUUUUUGUGUCAGUUAAUUUUUGUUUUUCCUUUGUUUUAAAUUCAUUAGCAUACAUUACCAUACCCAAAAACAAUGGAAAAAUAAAAAUUAACUGAGACAAAAAAUUAAUUACAACAUAUAUCUUCUUGAUUUUAUUUUACAGUGACAAACUGUUUCCCUCAUUUGGGUUUGGAGCCAGAAUUCCACCGUCAUAUCAGGUAAAUCAGAAAAAGGACUUUCAGUUUAUACAGCUUAAAUCCUUGGACCCGACCCAGUUGUUCAAAAGUAGAUUAAACGUAUUGUCUUGUAAAAUUGCCAAAACCUGCGGUUAAAUCUUAUUGCCUCGCAGAGGAGGCUAUUUCUAAUUGGUGCACACAACAGCUAAGAGUAUUAUCAACGGAAAGCUUAGUCACGAGGUAGUCGUAGUUAAAAAAACAGUAAUGGCGAAUUUGAACCUCGAGUUACUUUGUAAACAAAUCUACUGCAGAAGUUAGUUUAACCUUGCUUGUGAAAAUUUGAGUCCAGAGCUACGUUGUUACUGAGCUCCUGUUUCAAACUCGACUCAAAAUCAACAUGUAAAAGCUUUCAUGUUUUAUCAGGGUUCGUACUGUCCAUGGAAAACCUGGAAAGUCGUGAAAUUUGAUUUUCAAGGCCUAGAAAGUCAUGGAAUUCAAUUGUUGGUCCUUGAAGGUCAUGAAAAAUUAAAGUUUUGUUUGGUAGAUUAGUUACUGCAGAUGACAAAGCAAGGAUAACGUGAGAUAAAGAGGAGUAAUUAAACAGCGCGAACAUUUUGGUGGAUACCACAAUUUGUUUCUUUUGAACUGUUUAAGGUAAAAAUAUGCUGAAACAAGUAAAGUUCUGAAACCUUUCCAAAAUGACAGCUAAACCUAAGGUCAUGAAAAGGUAGAAAAGGCCAUCGAAAAAGUCAUGGAAGAGUGAGGUAGACGUAAAGUGGAAGCAAAGCGCAAGAGGAUAAAUUACCAAAUAAUUAAAUGUGAUGUUACACGGGACGAUUUGCAACGACGAUUUUUUAACGCAACACAUCAAUUCAACAUUGUUGCGACAUUGUUUCGAAUGGUUGUAACAUUGUUCCAACAUUGCUACGCUGUGUUGAGCAAAAAAACCGUCGUUGCGAAUCGUCCCGUGUAAGAUCGCCUAAAGGAAAGAUAAACGUAGCCGAAAAAAGCGUUAUGCUCGUGUCUUGCGCUCCAAGCUCACCUCUUACUUGCCUCUCUAUCUAUAUCAUACAGGAAACAUGUUUUACACUUUUAAUUUGUUCAAAGAGAAAAAAAAAAAUUACUUCAAUUUUUCAGGUUUCCCAUCAGUUUCCAUUGAACUUUAAUCCUGGCAAUCCGUACUGUGCAGGUAUUCGUAAACUAUCCUUGUUAUGCAUGACCUAAAGCACAGAGUAUAAAGGGGUCUCAAGGGAAAUUACGACAAGCGUGAGCGGCACGCAAAAGGUGACACUAGUACAAGGGGGGGCAAUUUGCCACUCCCUCGCACGUUCCCUCGCGGUACGCUUCUCUCCGGCUCUGUUUUAUCAGUGUUUUAUAGCCGGCUAAAAGGGAUUCCGUUACCGUAACAGCCGUAAAUGAUCUAAUAGAGCGUUUUCACUUGCGUGGCCAGCAACUAUGCAAAUUAAUUGCGACAAAAGAAGGUCUUUCCAUGAGUAAAGCGCUCUACUCACACUGGGCUGGUUUUGGACAGCAACAUUGCCGCCGUUUUAUUGUUUUAGGACACCAAAGGCUCUAUAGGUACCCUCUUGCAAGUAAACGCCUAUGGUCUGAAAAAAAAAAUCUAGCCUGCGAAUACAGCCGUUUCUUCUAGUUUCUCGCCGCCAGGGACGUUCGCCGGGAGGAACGUCUGGGCCUCAGAAAUUCCAUACUGAUGACGUAAAUCAAUGUUUACAUAACAAAUCCGGUAGUCCGGUAGUCAUGGGGAUCCAAAUGUAAAUUUGUUGAUAAUCAUGUUUCUCCUGUCCAAUAUGGUAAAGUUUUGUGUGGUAAUGCGAACGAGCAACUACAGCAAAACUUUCAGAUGCUUUUUCUAACACUGUUUUGUAGAACGUAGAUUCCUCACGUUUACGACGACCCCGUUUGCCUUUGACCUUUGUAGCCGUUUGUCUGUUGUCUGUCAUUCGUAAACAAUAGGUAAAACAAUAGAAUUAUUAUGUCGACCAAUCAGAGCCGCUCCUGACAAAAAUUCUGGACAGAUUUUACGUCAUCAGUUUGGAGUUUAUGUUGCUGAGGCUCACACGUUCCUGCUGGCGAAACGUCUCCAGCGGCGAGGAGAAAGGAGAAACGGCUGUAUUCGCAGGCUAAUGAAAAUCCGUCCCUUACGCUUAGAAUAGAUGCCCCUCUCUAAUAGACGCCCCCACUCUCCUGAAUAGACGCCCGCUUGUCUGUGGUUCCUGAAUACUGCAAAAUAGACCAAAAUAAUUCAAUUUAUUCAGUUUCUUGCUUGAUUAACAAUAGUUUGCGCAUUGCAUCUUGUGCAAUUUCAAGUACAAAGUAAGGAUAUUGACAUUGGAUCUGAGCUUUAAAAAAAGAACAAUGUCGACUAUAAACGCCUCCGCUUGGGCUCCUAAAAUUAAACAGACGCCCCAGGCGUCUUUUAGAUCAUUUCCUGUAAAUGUGUGACUUUUUCCUUCUAGGUCUCCCUGGUUUAGUUCAGGCUUAUCAGACCUGCAUACAAAGUGUACAGCUUUAUGGCCCAACUAACAUCUCGCCUAUCAUCAGCCAUGUUGCACACUUUGCACAACAAGCAGCUCAAACCCCAACUGCCACUGUAAGUAAUAUGCAUAAUUUUUUGUCAGACCUUUGGCCCGGCAUUUCAGAGUGAUUGAUAUGAUUCAUGUGAAUUAUUUGAUAUAAAACUAUGACAGGGUGAGCUUUGUCGGUAAAGUGCUGGCCGACAGAGAGGGAACAACACCCAGUCUUAAAUAUCUUAGAAAUGAAAGUACUGUCAUUCACCUUACAAACGGUUAGACCUUCGUGUGCCAGGAUGACGAAGAAGAAAUGACAGUCCAGUCUCCAGUAGGAAAUUUUUUUCCUAAAUACAUAAGCUUUUUAAUAAAGUACAUUUUUAAAAAAAGAAAAAUCGUAGAUGACCGGAACGUCACCAAAGAUAAACUUUGUCGAUAAUACAGAUAAUGUUAAUAGUGCAAUGUGAAGUGAAAAGUGAGGAGAAUCUAUUUUUUCACAUGUUGAAGGGUCAAAGGUUAAUGCCUCAAACUAGCCUCCAUACCUGGGCUUGUCAACAGAGGUCAAUGUGGUCAUAGUGUUCAGGACUAGCGAGAUAUUUAUUCCAGAGACUAACAGCUAAUUUUCUUAGACUUGUUAUUUCCUGGGCAGGUGGCUCUGUUUAAACUGCUGAAACGUGGAUUCAAGGACGAAAGAUUUUUCUCGUCAUGUUGCUGACAAUUUUUUGUAGAAAAUCAGCAACGUUUACGAAUAAAUAAACCACGAAGUCUUUAAGCACAUGGUUAAAAGCACAAAAGAAAACAAAAGGGGAGUCCGAGCCCCUGAGACGUAACUUAGUGCCUAGUGCCAACACGUCCGUAAAUUUAAAAGUAAAUUCACCAAUUUCACAUAGGCCAUAAAAUAAUGCGGCUUACCCCCCUCUCCCCCAAACGUUUGCAUAAUCGCUGUCUUCGAUUUCACUUGGGACGACUGUAAUACCCAGGAGAAACAGAAAACAAUGGCAAUGCAAAAUUUUGGGUAGUAAACAAGGUGCAUUAUGGUCUAUGUGAAAAUGGGGAAUAGACUUUCAGUUCGGAGUAAGUAUUUGUUCACUUUAGAUGUAACAGUUUAUUAUUGUUAUUAUUAUUAUUAUUAUUAUUAUUAUUAUUAUUAUUAUUAUUAUUAUUAUUAGUAUUUCUUUUUUUUUUUUGAUAGAACUACUUCAUACUUCUAAUACUGACUGAUGGUGUAAUCACAGACAUGGAUCAAACCAAGCAGGCUGUUGUAGCAGCAUCAGCGCUUCCCAUGUCAAUCAUUAUUGUUGGAGUUGGAGGGGCUGAUUUUGCCAUGAUGGAGGAACUUGACAGCGAUGACGCAUUGUAAGGAAACUUAAGCAAAACUGUAACUUAUAAUAUCAACAAUAGUAAUAAUAUUGCGCUUUCUGACGGUGUAUCUUCGUAUUACUAAAUUGAUGCAGAAUAGGAGGAAGACUGGGAACAAAUCCGUUGUAUGAAGUUGGAAGGGAUGGCUCUAGGGUGACAGUAAAGAGGGGUGGUUGAAUAUGCGUCCUUCCUGACAUCUUCCUUUGGCACUCCGCCUCCUGCCAUUCAAGAUGUCAAAGUUUUAGCCACCAACACAAGUCUUCCCCAGCUGCAGUGCACAAGCAAUGGGUAACCCCUCCCCCCAAAGAGGAUCCAAACCCGUUAGAUAAAUGUGGAACAUUAUUUCUCCUGUGUGGUGGACCUUUUUGUCCUUAGCAGGGUUACCUCAGGCUUUUGUGUAGCUUCUGUAAAAUAAAGCAGCAAUGAGUAAUUUUACUUUCUCCUGGUAGCCUCGAAGUCGUGAAGGGUGGUUCUAGAAUUCGCUUACAUUGUGGUGUGCAAGCCACAGGUGUCAGAGGGAGGGGGAAGAGUGUGGGAGGGGCAGUUCCCUUCUCUCUCCCUGUUGUCCAUUUUCAGGUUCUGCGUGUGACGUAUGGUCACGUGACUACCACAAUUUCGUGUGGACCUCCGCUAAAAGAACGGACAGCGUUCCGCAACCAGUCCAACAGUCAGACCCAGUCUUCAGCGCGACCCCAAAAUGGUCAAUUGGCACCCUACUGAUAGCGCUUUGUACUGUCUGCUAUACCAAAAUCAAAGAUGGCUUCUGCAGAAAUGCAGAUCGCUCGCAUGCGCAAAAUAUACCUCUGGCACUCAGGAAACUUCAAGGCUCUUCCGGGAUCAGCGUAUCAGUCUUUGAAAGGGUUUGAUUAUAGUGGAUGAUAACAGUCUGAUUACGGUGGAUGAAAAUGGUUGCUUCACGGUUUGGGCAAAUGGUAAGCAAAAAUCAGGACGGGUAGAUUUCAGUCCGGAAUCGCGUUUACCGUUUGCACAGAUCAUUUCCAUUUACCAAAAAACGGCCGCGAAGGCACGAAUUUCCGUUUGGUAAUUCUGUCCGGAAAAAAGGGCUACCUUUGCAGAUAUUCCGUUGCUCUCGCAAAUAUUCCCUUGGAACGACUCGAAAAGUCAUGUUCCAUUUACUUUUGUAAGAGGUAAACAACCGACUCUUCUCUUUACGAUCGUCAGGUUGAUGGCUGGUGGAAGAUCCGCACAGAGGGACAUUGUUCAAUUUGUACCGUUCAGGAAUUUCAAACAUGUAAGAAAUGUCAUCACUGCUAUUAAAGUGUAAUAUAAUUGCCGUUGAAAAAUUGAGAAUUAGUUCAUGCCUAGCGUGCGUAUAUCGAGUUAUAGAUGCACGCGGGAAAUCUGGAGGGAAUUUCUGCCGAUUUUUGAGUGAUUGACCAAUUUUUUACAACAUAGUAAAAAAUUGCAAACUUCUCGCGCGCCACAGAAAACAAAUGCUUUUUUUGUUGUUUACCAACACCCCUUCAUCAAUUUGGUUGAAAGAGAACAUUUUGUCUCAAACUGACAGUUAAAAUUUGCUUAUUGAUUCGUUAACAGUCGAUCGAAACAAAGGCAAAAGAGUUGCCAAGCCCACAUAAAGUUGAAAUACUCAGAUUUUGGUAAGAGGGCUUGGAUAUGGUUGAGAUUCAUACUGAAGAUUUUCACAUUUUAAUUUGCGACAUCCAGGAAACUUGUUCGUCAGCGAAAGCAACUCUCUGUUUUCAUAACAAAUAUAUCUGUAAGUGAACUAUAGUCACGAGUCUUUUUGAAAGGAACUCGCUACAGUUGUUUUUAUGAGUAAUAUAUGUCUUGUUUUUGCUGUUGUGACUUUAGAGGUGGCAUCACUUGCAACCUUGUAGGCAAUGUUGCGCUCAACAUUAAAAAACAUGUAGCAGUAGUUGCAACCUUGAAUGCAAUACUUGCACAUACAAUCACACAUAGUUAUUCUUGCAACUUUGCACGCGAUAUGACGCGUAAAAUUAUAGGUGGUACCACUUGCAACCUCGCAAGCAAUAUUGUGCAUUACAUAACUGUUAGUAUCACUUACAAGUUUGCACGCAAUCUUGUGCAUAACAUUACAGGGUGAGGUCGCACAACGCCAUCUUGCGCAUACCAUCUCUUGCAACCUUGCACCCGAUAUUGCAAGUAAUAUCACAAGUAACAUUACUUGCAACCUUGCUCGUAAAAUUGCGUAUAACUUUACAAGUAGAAAUAUUUGCAACCUUGCAGGCAAUAUCCCACGUAAUAUAUUACCAACUAAUGUUACAGGUAACAUGACUUGUAACCUUGUACGCAAUCUUUCAAUCCUUCACGAAAUAUUGCGCGUACAAUUACAGUUACUAUCAGUUGCAACCUCGCACGCAAUAUUACCCGUUACAUUUUGUUCAUAUUGCUCAUUACCUUGCCGGUAGCAUCACUUGCAACUGAUUACUUUGCACGUAACCUUGUGUAUAAUAUUACAGAGUAAGCAAGCACUACUUGCAACCUCGCAUGUCUUCUUGCGCGUAACUUUAUACGUAUUAUGACAUUCAACCUUGUAUAUAAUAUUGCUAGUGGUAUUACAAGCGACAUAACUUGCAACCUUGCUCGCAAUAUUGCGCCUAACUUUACCGUAGUAAUAUUUGCAACCUUGCACCUAAUAUUCUACGUAAGCAAGUAUCAUCACUUGCAACGUUACCCGCAAUAUUGCGCAUAGCAUUACAGGAAGCAUAAUUUUGUACCUUGCAUGCAGCAUUGCGCCAAACUUGAAGGAUGACUUACAAUUUUGCACUUAAAAUAACCUGUGACUUUGCACGCAGUAUUGGUGCAACGUUGCACACAAUAUAGCUCGUAACAGUACUCUGUACAUUGCACGCAAUAAUACCGGUAACCCAACAUUCUCACAAUAUUUCCCGCAACAUCGCACCCGUACGCAGUUGUUUCUUACAUUACGUUCCAACAACAUUGCCAACUACGUUCUCCCGACAUAACAUAAAACAUAGCACGCAACAUUAUGCGUAAUGCCCAACAGCAAAUUUUAUGUUUGUUCAUUUAUUUGUUAUAUUUUAGUCGUCUCCUGCUGCACUUGCUAAAGAAGUAUUGGCCGAGGUACCAAAACAGCUGACAGAUUAUUUCAAAGCACGAAACAUCCAACCUCAGCAGCGACCAACCUGAAAAGUCUUCAUUCUUUUCAGAGUUCUCUUGAGUGAUCUGCGCUUUCACGCUCCCAUAGUGCAAUUAGUUUUCCCUCAAAAGUUUACACAAGUUUUGUUUUCAGUUUCUCAAUGGACUGUUGUUAGCCCAAGAGAAACUGCAAACAAAACUUAUACAUUUUUUAUUUAUGGGAAAACAAAUUGCAUCAUGGAAUCGUGGAAGUCGCAAAUAAAAUUCUAAACAGGCAGUAGCUGGCCACUGAAAAGGCACGAGCUUGCGUUCUACAUACCAGGCAGCGUUAUUUAGUACAGGUGCUAGCCGGCGUUCUAGAUAUGCAGACACUAUAAUUACCAGCAAGCCAGUCGGACGUUAGCUGUUAUGUAAGAUUAGUGCGACUGAGUGUCAGGAUAGACAGGCGCUAACAGGUAGCUCACUCAAAAUGCUGGUGUCCUGGAUUGGUGCUAGGAAGGGGUAGAAGAGGGCCAACAGCAGUCAAACGAGAAAUUUAUGUUGUCAUUUUGACUCUUGAAAGCUUGUAGGUCUUGUAGGCCCUGGCCACACUAAUGCGUGUAGUGGGAGAAUGCCCAUCUACUCCUCCCCUAAACUAACACUAACACUUACUUCUCACUUAGGGCAAAAUGUUAACUUAGGGGAGGGGUUGGUGGACAGUUUCUGAGAAACUUAAAAUUGAACUCGUUUUCGUUGUCAUUGAAAACGCAUCGAUCGAUUCGCGUCCACGCUAUAUACCGCUUUGAUGCGUUUUCGGCUGUCUACUCUAAAACGUUCGAAAACGAUAGAACUGCACGUUCUGACGUAAGUUCAACUCUAUGCGCAUGUCACGGACACACGCCCCUGCGAAAUUCUUAGCGAAAUUCUCGGUCAUCGUUUUCAUUUUGGUGCGUUUUCCACUGUCCACACUAAUACAAUAUGUAUGCGUUUUUGUUUUGGUCAACUAUCAAGAGCGUUUUUAAAUCGAUGCGUUUUCGUUUUCACUCAGCGUAUUAGUGUAGACGGAAGGCCUAAACGCUGCGAAAUGUAUGCGUUUUCAAACAAAAAUUAGAACGCAACAAUAAACACUGCCUUUUGGCGAGUGUAUUUCGGACGUGUGAUUGGACACAAAUAACAUUCCUGGGAUAUUUCAGGUGUUCACGGUUUUCCCGCUGGCACUGUAACGUUUUGAAGGUAUAGUUACAAUUUUCUUAAUGUUCUACUUAAGCAAUUAUUUUAGACGUCGGCGCUAUUUGUCAGAGUAGUUUUGUUUGGGUGGGAAGCAACUUUGACAACAAGAAACUCACUCUUUCAAUUAACGUGAAAACAUUUAUACUAGUACUGCGGAAACGCAAGAUUAGUAAAACGUUACACUUUCACAAAACGUGAUAUAACACACAAGAAUAUCACGUUUUCACAAAACGUGAUAUUCUUGAAACAAGACCAAGGUGUUCGAUCUCCUUUCUUCGCCCUACUUAGUGUGUGAUAAAUUGACCUCUGAGGGCGCGCGUUCUGUUGAUCGUGUUCCGGAAUAAAAAAUUAAGCUAUAAAACUCCGUUGUAUUGCAAUAACAAAAAAUCUCCUGGAAAUAAAUAUUAUUAUCAUUAUCCAGUCAAAAUAUUUUUCCGUUUCAGAUUGGCUAAAAUCCCAUGCACAAUUCAUUGCCCCCGCUGGGCGAAAUCCCGAGGAGACAUCCUUGUUGCUGCGCGAGUAUGUAGAAAGGAACUUACAGUUGAAAUAUGCAGUCAGCUACUAAAGAAAAAAUCUCGAUUUGCUUGAUCAGGGGCCGCAUGGAGUCGUUGAGUAA